AUGAUGCCGCUAUUUGAUAUUGCUUACCUUCUGCAGCAAGACAGACGGGCAGCCGCUGUGCAUGAACCGCCUGUCUCAUCAUCUGCUCAUCGGCCUUCAAACACACGAUCUAUGGGUCAACAGUCAAACGACGCUCGUGAGCAGUACUACCAGCUACACCGAGAACCUCUCGAGAAGCCAUGGUAUUACCGGAAACGAAUGCUACCAUUUGCAAUCGUCAUGACAGUAUUCUCCACGGUCCUAAGCUGUGUGGUGUUGGCGGUGACAUUGACCCGAAAGUCCAUCUUCAUGAUGAAGUCACACCCCAAGGAGACGAUAACACAGUCCGUGAUGACCAUGACCACAUAUUCUACAGUUCAAACCAGCAUUCCGCAAGAUAGUUUGACUUUCAUAACAGCAUCGAGCAAUUCUUCUUUGUCAUUGACCACAAUGGUGAGCGAGCUGCCGUCCAUGACUGCCCUAACAACUGCGACACCGCCCUCUCCAAUCCCGGCAGCCCCAAUCCUCUCAUCAUCAAAUCUUGCUUCGGUUUUUAUUGACCGCCGCAAUAGCAAUAACUACUGGGAGGUUCUUCUCUGGCAAGAUGGAGCAGGAUCUCUAUCCUAUAUGGAUAGGGAUUCUGAGCGGAAGGGCCUUGGACGGGUUCAGACCCUGCUCGAAAACAUACCCAAGGCGAAAAGUGGAACUCCUAUGGCAGCUGUGGCGGAUGAUGCCGGCAUCGCGCAUUUAUUUUAUCUCGAUGAGGAUGAUAUUGUGUCUCAUGCAUUUAUGAAUCCUGGUGGCCGUUGGAAACGCGGAGGUCUGUCCACCGGUAGCAAACGCACGGCCGCGCAUAGACAGUCAAUGCUCUCAGCGGCGUUCCAUCAAGGUGAACAUGACACUAAUGUGGUGGUACUGUCGUACCAAGAUCCAGACGGCAAUUUACAGCUCGCAAUGUCGGAAGACGCCAAGAAAAAUGACUGGUAUACCGUCAAUUUCAGCUCUUUUACUGGACGCCACGGCAUUGGAGAUUGGGACGGGAUUGGCCAUGCCGUCGCAGGUGAUUGGCAGAACAAGAAACAGGAUCCUGAUGGAUCGUUUAAUGGACUUUUGAUGGCUGUGGAACAAGAGGGAGGAGUUACGCCGUGGGAGUGCUCGGUCGACUUUCAUGCAUCUUCAAAAAAGCAGGUCGAGUGUCAUGUAUUAGACGGAGCGUUCCUAGAUUCUAACGGAGAAGGGAUAUCUCCAUCUUCUCGAAACAGCCGAUUUGCGUGGAUUCGCACCGGCCAUGGCCAGAGCAAAGCACCAGCGGAGACGCUCCCAUAUGAGUUCGCUUUCCUGUAUCUAGAUUCGAAAGGAAGCAUUGAGGAGAGCCGUGUGGGAGUUGAUGUACCGAGAAUUCCAGGCGAAGGGUUCCAUGGGGAUAUGGUUUUUGAUAGUCUUGCGACGAAUGGCAAUAAGACGGUGUAUGCGAAAUCUGGCGACAAUGUUGUGGUGUUUAGGCUAGAUGCCGAUGGAUGGCAGUGGAAGGUCGAUGGAAUUGUCAACAUGACUAUUUCUGAGACUGAUUCGUAG